GUUCGAUGGUAUUCAAAGACAUGCGUUAGUUUUUUGUACCAAUUUUUUACGCAAUAGAAUAAUAUCUUUAUUUACAGAUUGGAGCUGCAGUUACGCUUUCAUUCUCUUGUGUUUAUCGUGUUACCAAUAUUUUAGAUUCAACAGAAAGCGGUGGAUUGUUAUAGACAACCUAAUAUUCAACCCUUAUUAAAAUGCCGGGCAGUGUGAUGAGCUACAGUGCCUCUAGUGCUGCGGGGAGUAGGGGGAGGGGCCCCGUUUACAAGACAGUGUCGCGAGAGUCCCGAGUUGACGACAUGCUGUUCGGAAAGAACACUACAAAACAGAAAAGCAGCAGUGGAGCUGCAGCAAUUGUGGAUGAUUGUCGAGGGCAGAGACACUCGGCACCCGGCAAGUCAAAGAAACCCGAACAGAUACAAGUGAUCACAAAAGACCUCAUCCGAAAACUCAUUGUUCCGCGGGAGGACCCGUCAGGCGAGACGAUUGUGCUGCCGAGAGGAGAGUUCGACCGGAUCAAGAGGGCCAGUAAGGUGCUAAGUAAGGAGGAGAGAGAGGCUCAACUUAGAGCCAUCAAAGAGGACAAGGAGUUCCAGGAGAUGGAGGCAUCGAAGCGCAAGCAGAUGUUGGCGGAAGAGGACUUGAAGAGGAAGAAGAAUGAGAAGCUGUCUGAUUUGGAGGAGGAAGUUAAGCAGCAGAGGGAACAUCUGCUCACGAAGGCUCAGGAGUUGAGAGACGAACAGACGGACGAGAUCAAACUGCUCAACGAACUCAUACUCAACUCCAAAUGCCAUGCCAUCAGGGAUGCCCAGAUCCUAGAGAAGGACGUGAUCGGGCGUGAGCUGACAGAGGAGGAGAAGAGACUGGAUGCCAUGAUGGAACACGAGCGACAGAGACAGAUCAAACUGCAGGAGGAAUACGAACUCAUCAAGAAACAAAAACAACUAGAGGCGGCUGGAGUAGUUAGGGAUCAGAUGGCUGCCAGGGAAGAGGCCAGUAUUCUGAUGGAAGAGGCCAAGGAUCAGGAGGCGAGGGCCAUGAGGAAGAAACAGGAGGCCAUGGAGGAGGAGGACAUCAAGGGAAAUGGGAGUGCCUCAGAAAUACUUGAACGAAGUGAUGAGAAAGAUGAACAACCCAUUGCCAGUUGGAGUCCGAUAAAAAACCACCUGUCGCUCAAACUCCAAUCAGCACUGCUUUCGAAAAUACCUUUCAAGCUCAACCUGUCUGUUAUGACGUAGCAGAAUUUUCUAGAAAAGUGACACCAAAAUUAGAACUGAGUUACUUCGGUUGUAUUCCAUACUUCAUUUCCCGCGCAUGCUUUCAAUGCCAACUAGUUUGUCUCUGAGUAUUAUCGAUGUGCUUAAUUAAAUUUAUAUUGCUAGUAACUCGAUUUAUAACUUACUUGA